AGUGAUUGGGAGUUUCGCUCAUCUAGAGCCCAUAGAAACCACGGCCGGCCCAGGACAAGUUCUCCGUGUGGUGGAAGGGCAAAAUGGAGCAGAACUGCAAAGAAGAAGAGAAUGAAAAGUUGCACACUUGUCGUCGUCAGCCGAAGGAAAAUCCUGCUAACCUUAUUACAGCAACCAGCGAUGAUAACCUAAGGGACCUUUUUCACCAAAUCAGGACUUCAAAAACUCCUGUCAGUGUAGAUUCUACUCCCUCAACUUUCUUUUUUAUUCCUACAUAUACACCGCGAUUUGAGAUGGCUUUAGAUGUGCUGAAUCCCAAUCUCAAACUAUUGUUGCAGGCAGUUAUCAACUAUGGCGCAUCUUGGUGUCGUGUUUGCAGCCAGAUACUUCCGGUAUUCUGUGACUUGAGUAACAGCUUCCCUAAACUCUCGUUUGUAUAUGCUGAUAUUGAUGAUUGUCCAGAGACAACCCAGCAUGUCCGCUACACACCAACUUUUCAUUUCUACCAAGAUGGGGAGAGGGUUGAUGAGAUGAUUGGUGCCGGCGAAGAGAGACUGCAUGACAGGCUCUGGUUGCACUCUUAGAAACAUAGGCUUGGUUUGAUUUGGUUGCACAGCACUCUUGGAUGGAAAUUCUCUACAUGUUUUAAUCUAUUGCUGUUAUCACACAUACAAAUGUAUCCCCAUCCCGUGAAUGUUUAUGCUCCAAAGAAAUUAAUUAAAAAAAAAGAGUUUUAUUGCAAGGGUUACGUUACUUUGGCUAGGUAAUAAUUG